CAUGAUAUUGAUUGUGUUAAUAGUAUCAAAUAUUAGGAGUAUAUGAACAAAUUGGCUCCAAGAAGAGAGAGGAAGGAAACCCAACUGGAGAUUUUGGAUCAAAAGGGCAUAAAGCUGCAUGUUUUGUUGUUUGAAAGUGUAUUUGAGAUAUGGGUUCUUCUUUAAUCAACCAAGAAAGCAAUCAUGGAGUGACCAUGGUUGAAGCUGAUCUUGAUUCAAUCUCUUUCUCCUCCUCCUCCUCUGAAGAAGAAGAAGAAGAAGAAAUCAAUUCCUCUGUUUCUUUCCAUGACAUGUCCAAUCUUCUUCAACACCUCCCCUUCAAAAGAGGGCUUUCAAGGCACUAUCAAGGGAAGUCCCAGUCAUUCACUUCACUAUUAAGUGUGAAAUGCAUAGAAGACCUUGCAAAGCCUGAAAAUCCUUGCAAGAAGAAGAUCAAGUCUAGCAAAAGCUAUGGAGGUUUAUUAUUAGUGUCUGAAGAAGAUGAUCAGAACAAUAAUAGCUCAUACCCACCACCACCACCAGCAGCAGUACUACCACACAAGGUAUCAUCUUUAUCAUCAGCAAGGGCUUCAUGUUCUUCACUGGUGAGUGCAAAUAAGAUGACUGGUGGGAGGCCUCCAAUUCCUCAUCCUCAAAGAUCUACUACCACUAGUGGUUUAAUUUUCUAAUGGAAGUACUACUGCCUUGUUUGCUUCAUCAUGAAUCAAGAUGCCAUGUUUGUUUCAUCAUGAAUCAAAAUGUUUGUCAAAUGAUUUUGUGUUAGUGUGUGUAUAUAUACUUCAAAGGAAUUAAGAAUCUUAAUCCAAUUUCAUUUCAUGUC